UGGGUCAUUGUCCCCCCCAUCCCGUUGCAGGAGGACCGCUACGUCCUGCGGGUGCAGCUGGAGGAGACGCUGCUCAGCGGGGUCCUGGUCACCUCCUAUGAAGUCAACAUGACUUGUCCACAGCCCGGGGACGACGAGCUCCUCACCGCACGCACCGAGCAUCACGGGGGUGGUCGUGGCAACAGCAUCCACCAGAGCCAGGCUGGUGUCCCCGUCCCCCUGUCCCAGCCGGGCCUCCUGCACCAAGUGUCCCAAUCCUCCAUCAGCAUCCCAGCAUCCCAAGUGCACCCGGAGCAGGUUCACCCCGUGGUACGGACACAGCACUUCGGGGCGCCCCAAGACCUGCAGCCCCAGAACCAGCCGGGAAUGGGGCAUCCUGGAGCGCCAAGUCAACCCGGUCGUCUUCAUCCAGGGGUUCAGACCCAAAACCAACCUGGUCUGGUGCAUCUUGGGGCUCAGAAUCAAGCUGGAGUUCUUCAUCCAGGGGUUCAGACCCAGAACCAGCCUGGAAUGGUGCUCCCCGGGGCUCAAAAUCAACCGAGUCAUCUUCGUCCAGCAGUUCAGACCCAAAAUCAACUUGGGUUGAGGCAUCCUGGAGGACAAACUCAACCAGGAGUUCUUCAUCCUGCAGUUCAAACCCAAAAUCAACCUGUUCUGGUGCAUUCUGGAGCUCAAAGCCAACCGGGACAUCUUCGUCCAGUGGUUCAAACCCAAAACCAGCCUGGUCUGCUAGGUCAGAAUCAAGCAGAUCAUCUUCGUCCGGGGCUUGCACCUCAAAACCAACCUGGGUUGAUGCAUUCUGGAGCUCAGCCUCAACCAGGAGCUCUUCGUCCAGUGGCUCAGACCCAAACCCAGCCUGUGCUGGUGCAUCCUGGAGGUCAAACUCAACCAGGUCGGCUUCGUCCAGCAAUUCAGACCCCAAACCAGCCUCUUUUGGUGCAUCCUGGAGCUCAAAGUCAACCAGGAGCUCUUCGUCCAGUGGUUCAGACCCAAAACCAGCCUGGGCUGGGGCAUGGUGCCGGUGGCUUCACGCACGCUGGUGCUCAGACCCACGCAGGCUUUGCCCGGCCAGCAGCUCAGCCCCCAAACCAGCCGGGUUUAACUCAUCCCAACCCUCAGCCCCAUUCCCAAGGGGGCCGUGUCCAUCCCGGGCUCCAGAACCAAGCUGGGCUGGUCCAUCCCAGCCAUUCCCGCCCGGGUCUAACCCAUGCAGGGCUCCAAUCCCGACCGGGUUUGCUGCGUCCCGGUCUCCACGCUCAGCCCCAGCCGGGUGUGGGGCGCCCAGGACUCCAGCCCCAAGCCCAACCUGGCUUGAUGCGUCCUGGCCUUCAAUCCCAGCCCAGUCUCCUGCAAUCCACGGCCCUCUUCUACCCCUCAGCAGGGGCAGGCACGCAGCUGAGCCGGGAGCAGUGCCAGGUAGCAGUGGGGAGGAUGCCGUGCGUGGCACCUUACUAUGGCAACACCGCCACUGUGCAGUGCCUGCUGGAGGGUCACUUCGUGCUGGUGGUGCCGCGGGGUCUCAGCACCCAGCCCUACAACCUGGACAGCGUGCGCCUCGCCAGCACCCAGCCCGGCUGCGA